CCACCACCACCCACCACCACACGUGCAUCACACACCAUGGCUGACCAGCUUACCGAGGAGCAAAUCUCCGAGUUCAAGGAGGCAUUCUCCCUCUUCGACAAGGACGGCGAUGGCACCAUCACCACCAAGGAGCUCGGCACGGUGAUGCGCUCGCUGGGCCAGAACCCGACCGAGGCGGAGCUGCAGGACAUGGUCAACGAGGUCGACGCCGACGGCAACGGCACGAUUGACUUUCCCGAGUUCCUCACCAUGAUGGCGCGCAAGAUGAAGGACACCGACUCCGAGGAGGAGAUCAAGGAGGCUUUCAAGGUCUUCGACAAGGACGGCAACGGCUUCAUCAGCGCCGCCGAGCUGCGCCACGUCAUGACCAACCUCGGCGAGAAGCUGUCGGACAACGAGGUGGAGGAGAUGAUCCGGGAGGCCGACGUCGACGGCGAUGGCCAAAUCAACUACGCCGAGUUCGUCAACAUGAUGAUGUCCAAGUAGGCGCAGAGCCACGAUCGCCGCGUGCUCCCGCCGUCCCCAUUUCACUUUGCGUCCGAAGCUGCGCGUCGACGGGCGGUGCUUGAGAACAGC